UGCUCCGCAAUUCUCUCGACCAACCCUCCAGAAUGCGUUUCUUCAUCGCGAUCACCGCCCUCGCCGCCAUCUUGGCCACCGCCACAGCCGCUCCUUCCGGUCUCUGGGGUGCCCAUGGUGUCACCCUUGGGGGUCCGGUCCUAGGGCCCGCAGCACUGGCGGGACCCAUAGUGGGCCCUGCGAGACUCUCCGGCCCGGUUGACGGCGGCGCUCUCGUUUCCGGUGCCGUCGCCGGACCUGCCGUCGUGACCGGAAGUGUCGCUGGUCCCGCGGUCGUUUCUGGAUGGGGAGUGCCGGCCCUUGGAUGGGGAGCCGCACACGGUGUCGCAGGGGUCGCUCUUCCGGGCGCCGUUUCGGCACCGGCAGUCGUCGCGGGACCAUCUGGCAGCAUCGUCGUCGGGGCUGCCGGACACGCCGGUAUUGCCCAGGGAUGGGCGGGACACUGGUGAACCGGAAUCACCCCUGAGUAACCGAAUUCCACCCCUCGACGAGCCACCGACCCGACCUCACAAGCUGACCGUCUAACGAUCUUCGGCACAGCUGCCCCGUAGACACAAGUGUUUACCCUCUUAGCUGCAGCGGACCUUCUGCAAUAUACCUAACCAACGUAAUAUAAUUCUUUGUACACAACCUAAGCUCUUGUCUCCGAUCUCCUUUUCCACUUUUCCACUUUUCUUUAAUAAACUCGCACUUUCAAAGCA